ACCACCAGUAGUUCGUCUUAAUUGAGUCACAGUGACGACAGGGCUUCGAAGGGUCAAACAGCCUGCUCUGUGGAUUGGUUAAAACCGCCCCCGUAGUCGCGGUGAGCCAUCAUAGGAUUAGAGGAGCCAUGCCCAUUCUCACCGUAUUUACUUUGCACUUGAAUGGGAUGAGAUGGGCCUACUGUCCAGUUGUAAACGUCAACCACACGAGUUCACACCCACUUCCAGAGCUGCCCUUCUCUUACUGACAGUGCCACGAGCGACUCUGCAUUUAGCAGCAGGCCACGGAUUACCUGACCAAGGUUGGGUUGUUGGAGAGUGAGAGGAAUUCCAACUCCGUUCCAUCUGCCAUGGACGACUCUUCCGACGGGGGUCAGCUGACCGCACCGCAGAGUGCCGAGGACACAGUAUCGGAUACAAAGCUGCCCACCGACACAGUGACCGGUGUCGCGAAGCCGAAGAGACGGUCCAACACCGAAGUCCGAAUUCGCACCGUGUUCAGCGAGGACCAGAAGCGGCAGUUGCUCCAUCGCUUUCACCGGCAGAGUUAUAUCUCCCCCCUGGAGCGGGCUGAGCUGGCCAAAGCGCUGGGGCUCUCUUGCAAACAGGUGAAGACCUGGUAUCAGAAUCGAAGAAUGAAGAUGAAGCGUACUCAGUACGGCCAGAACCCAGCAAACUCUUGGAACCAGCCAAACUUCAGCGCAGUUUCCUCCCAGACCUUGCCUCUGGGUCAGACCUUCCCACCUGAUAUGAUGCAGUGCCAAUUUCUCAACUAUGGGCAAGAAUCCUUCCUCCAUAGUGGCCAGGUACCACCAUUUGGGGUGCAGAACCCUCCCCUGGAGAAUCCAGUCACGAAGUUUCUCCCACCUCCCACCAUGCACGGAGAUUCCCAGAAUUCUGCUUCAUUCCACCUGCAGAUCUCUCAGUUGCCAACCCAGUCUGGUCCUCAUUUUGGUAAGGACAAUUCAGAGCCUCCCAUGAUUCCAGCAGCUCCACCUGCAGGUUUUACCAAUCAAGUUCAGGGGUCCGGUGCGAGCCAUUCAUCAAUGGGAAAUAUAGCGAUGUCCUCCUCAAAUGGUGGGCUGCAAUGCCUUGCCAAGUCUUCCAGCUACCCUUCCACACAAGCUGAAUGCUCCUACCCCUCGGGGGUUGGAGUGGCUGGAUCAAGUCAGGAUGCCCGAGUGUAUGUGAAUGAUUGGGCCUCAGUGAAAAGUGGGCCGGUUUCAGGUCAUGUGAUGUUCAAUCCAAUGCUGGAUACAGAUAAUGCAGAAAUGCCUACAUUGGCCAAAUCAAUGAGUCAAGGUUUAACUGACUGA